UUUAGUUUAGUGUAUUCAUGUUUAAAACAUUGUCAUAAUUUAUACAAAACUGAUGUAAAUUGAAUUCAUAUUAUUUAGCUGCCGUACCAACUACUCUAAUCUAUAUAAUAUAUACACUUGUAGUUGUAAUUAAAUUUUUGAUAUAAAAGUCAAAGUUGUUUUAGUAUCUAGACAAAUUACAUUUAAAUUAUGUUCAAAGUUCAACUAGUAACACAAAUAUACUAUCGUUAAAAUAAUUUAAGUUUUUGAGUCUAACAUACUGUUAGAUAAAAAAAAUUUUUUGACUUGCUGAUAUUAGUAAGCAACAACUAAAUCUUGCUUAAAAUGGCUUCAAUAGAGGAAAAGUUUAAUGCAGCCGUGAACGUAAUUAAAGGAUUACCAAAAAAUGGUUCCUACCAGCCGAGCAGUGCGAUGAUGCUAACAUUUUACUCGUAUUUCAAACAAGCAACACAAGGUCCUUGUAGUCAAAAGAAACCACCUUUUUGGGACGUUAUUGGCCGAGCUAAAUGGGAUGCUUGGAAUGCUUUGGGGAGUAUGUCAAAAGAGCGUGCUAUGCAUUUAUAUGUAGAUGAACUAAAAAAGAUAAUAGAGACAAUGUCAUUUAAUGAGAACGUGGCUCAAUUUAUGGGAAGCAUUGAUGAGUUAAAUAAUGUUAAUUUCAAUGAUUUAGAAAUUGUUGCUCCAGAAGUAAUGAAAAAAGCUAAAUCUCAUCCAAAUUCACCAUUUGCUUCAAGAGGUAAUAGUCCUCAACAUGGUUCACCCCAAAAUGGAUUUUCUAAUGGAUUUGAUUCUGGUGAUGAGGAUAUAAAUGAAAGUAAUUCUUAUAUAAAUCAAAAUGGUCGUACUGUUGAACAGUCUGAUGAUGAAUAUAUAGAUACUUUAGAAGAUGGUGUUGAUGUGUCAAGUUCUAUAAGUAGAUUAAAUCAUUAUCAUUCGCAACAAAUGAGGAAUCAAUUAAAUGAAAACGAUGGAUAUGUGGCUCAAGAAAACCAUAUAAUGCAUCAAAUUUUCAAUAUAGUGCAAAGGAUGAAUACAGAUUUAACGAAUCUAAAUCAAAGAAUGAGUACACUCGAAAGAAACGUCACUGAAUUAAGAAACUUACAAGCAAAUCAAAAGCUGAAAUUACAUCGAAAAUAUCCUCAUUGGUGGCCAUUCAGAGAUAUAUCUCCAUUAUGGUUUACGAUGUUAAUUCUUUGGCCGUUUGUUGUUAGAACAUUAAAUGGAGCCUUGCAGAAACGAAAAUAGGAGAAAUUAAAUAUUUAACAAUUAUAUUAAAAUAAGAAGAAUGGAAAAUAAUUGUUAAUGGUAAUAACUAUGACACAUUAUUUUAUAACAAAAGUAGAUACAACUAAAAAUUAGAGAAAUAAAAAAAAACAAAGCAUACACUACCUACUUAUUAAUGUAAUUUUUUUUUUGCUGAAAAGUUUUAAACAUAGAUUUUUAUAAUAUAGUAUAUACAUAUAUAAUGUAUAUUGUUAUACAAUUUUUUCUUUUUUAUAAAAUGUGAUUUAAAUUGGGUUCAUAUGCAGUAUAAUUUAAUUUUUGUAUUAAAUUAUUUUCUUUGUAUGUAUAUUAUGACAAAAUUAUAAUUUUUUUAUUUAUUUUUUAUAUUUUUUUGUUAUUAGUAUUUUAUCAACAUAAUAUUAUGUAUUUACCUAUUUAAAAUAUUGGUUAAGGGAUACAUAAAAGAUAUUGUUAGUAGAGUAAUAAGUGAAUAUUAUUUAUUUUAAUUGAAAUAAAUAAUUUUUUGAACAAAAAUUUGAACAAAAUAUAAAAUUAUUAUAUUAAGCUAGAAAAAGCUCAAAGGAAAAUAUUAAUAAUGUAAAUAUUAAAAUUGAUUAUAUUUUUUAUUAAGAUUCCAUUUCGAAUUAAGAUUUA